AUGCUCAUCUGUACACCACGACGGGAGGCUAAGAGCCCGCUAGCUUCACGCCCGUCACCAUUUGCGACGCUGGCGCACUCUGGAAAGCGUGGUCACGAAGAGCGAGAGAUACCCAAGUACUCUCAGAGAGAUCGAAAAAAAAAAAGCCACCAGCCGCCGCCAAAAAGAUUGUGCGACGCAAGCGUCCAGAGCUUCCCAGCUCAGCGCCAUCACGCCCCCAGGUUUGGUUCAGCCAAACAACUUGGAGCUUUGUCUACCGCCCGUUGCUCCUAUCCGGCGGCUCGGAAAGCUCUAAAUUGCUGGUUGCGGGGCACGCAGAAGCAACCCUAA